AUGAAGGUCCCGGUGAGCGGUGAAAAAAUCCACAGUGAGGUCCGGGAAGGAGCACACGGCGGGCUGCUCUGCGGGGCUGCUCUGCGGGGUCCGCCGCUGCUCUCCGGCCUGUUCAAACCGAACACAACCGAACACUACCGAACACUACGGGGUCUCCGACGGGACCGCACCACCCCCACGGGGUACCGUGGUUCAUCCCCCUGCAUGGCCUCAGUAGCUGCAGGGUUCUGGGGUUCAGCCGCCUGUUGCUCGCACUCCAAACUCUCCAGAACCAGCAGUCUGAAACCGGGACGAGGCCGAUCGCCACCGUCCAUGUCGUCCGGCCGGAGAUGUUCUGGGGUGUCCGGGAUCGGGGGUGGGGCCGUGUCCCCGGGGCCCGUGCUGGCAGAGGUGGUGGAACUCGGCCUGGGGUCGGCCACAGGCGAGGCCAGCAGGGAGCUGUUCGAGGCCUGUCGGAGCGGAGACCUGGAGCGUGUUCGGAAACUGGUGUCGGCCGAGAACGUUAACGGCCGGGACACAGCGGGGAGGAAGUCGACACCUCUGCACUUUGCUGCAGGUUUCGGUCGUAGAGAUGUGGUGGACUUCCUCCUUCAGAACGGAGCCAACGUCCACGCCAGAGACGACGGGGGGCUCAUAUCGCUCCACAACGCUUGCUCCUUCGGCCAUGCUGACGUGGUGAGUCUGCUGCUUCACCACGGGGCGGACGCCAACGCCAGAGACAACUGGAACUACACUCCACUUCACGAGGCAGCUAUCAAGGGCAAGAUUGACGUGUGUAUAGUGUUGCUGCGGCACGGCGCCGAGCCGACCAUCAGGAACACAGAUGGUCGAACCGCUCUGGAUCUGGCUGAACCGUCAGCCAAAGCAGUUCUAACAGGUGAAUACAGAAAAGAUGAGCUUCUGGAAAGUGCAAGGAGCGGGAACGAAGAGAAGCUGAUGGCUCUGCUGACGCCGCUCAACGUCAACUGUCACGCCAGCGAUGGACGAAAGUCGACGCCGUUACACCUGGCAGCCGGAUACAACCGCGUCAAGACCGUCCAACUGUUACUGCAGCACGGCGCUGAUGUGCACGCCAAGGACAAGGGGGAUCUGGUUCCUCUUCAUAACGCCUGUUCAUACGGUCACUACGAGGUCACUGAGCUGCUGGUGAAGCAUGGAGCCUGUGUGAACGCCAUGGACCUGUGGCAGUUCACGCCUCUUCAUGAAGCCGCUUCCAAGAACCGAGUUGAGGUGUGUUCCCUCCUGCUGAGCUCUGGAGCCGACCCCACCUUCCUCAACUGUCACAAUAAAAGCUCCAUCGACCUCGCCCCCACACCGCUGCUGAAAGAACGGCUGGCCUAUGAGUUCAGAGGUCACAGCCUGCUGCAGGCAGCCAGGGAGGCCGACGUGGUCCGAGUCAAGAAGCAUCUGAGCCUGGAGACCAUCAACUUCAAACACCCCCACACUCAGGAGACCGCGCUGCACUGUGCGUCUGCCUCUGCAAACCUGAAGAGGAAACAAGUGUGUGAACUUCUACUGAGGAAGGGAGCCAACGUCAACGACAAGACUAGGGACCUGAUGACUCCCCUCCACCUGGCAUCAGAAAAAGCACACAACGACGUCAUCGAGUUGUUAGUCAAACAUGAAGCCAAGGUGAACGCGGUGGAUCGCCUCGGCCAGACGGCGCUGCAUCGAGCCGCUCGCUGCGGCCACCUGCAGACCUGCAGACUGCUGCUGAGCGCCGGCUGCGACCCGCUGCUCACGUCGCUGCAGGGGUUCUCACCCUCACAGCUGGGCAACGAGAGCGUGCAGGAGAUCCUGCGAGAAGGAGUUCUGAUUGGGAACUCUGAAGUCGAUCGACAGCUGCUGGAAGCCUCCAAAACAGGAGAUCUGGAAACUGUCAAGAAACUCUGUACGAUGCAGAACAUGAACUGCAGGGACGUGGAGGGUCGACAGUCCACGCCGCUGCACUUCGCGGCCGGCUACAACCGGCUGGCCGUCGUCCAGUUCCUGCUGCAGCACGGAGCCGACGUGCACGCCAAGGACAAAGGAGGUCUGGUUCCUCUCCAUAACGCCUGCUCAUACGGUCACUAUGAGGUCGCCGAGCUGUUGGUCCUUCACGGUGCUGUGGUCAACGUGGCUGACCUCUGGAAGUUCACACCGCUGCAUGAAGCUGCCGCCAAGGGCAAAUACGACAUCUGUAAACUCCUGCUGCAGCACGGUGCCGAUCCGACCCGGAGGAACCGGGACGGUAACACCCCUCUGGAUCUGGUGAAGGAUGCCGACACGGACAUCCAGGACCUGCUGAGGGGCGACGCCGCCCUGCUGGACGCCGCCAAGAAGGGCUGCCUGGCCCGAGUGAAGAAACUCUGCACGCGUGACAACGUCAACUGCAGAGACACACAGGGGAGACACUCCACACCUCUACACCUGGCUGCGGGCUAUAAUAACCUGGAGGUGGCGGAGUACCUGCUGCAGCACGGAGCUGAGGUCAACUCUCAAGAUAAAGGAGGACUCAUUCCUCUGCACAAUGCUGCCUCCUACGGGCACGUAGACGUGGCCGCCCUGCUCAUCAAGUUCGACGCCUGCGUCAACGCCACCGAUAAGUGGGCGUUCACGCCGCUGCACGAGGCCUCUCAGAAGGGCCGGACGCAGCUGUGUGCCCUCCUAUUGGCUCACGGUGCAGACCCCACCCUCCGAAACCAGGAGGGACAGUCGCCGCUGGACCUGGUCACGGCUGAUGAUGUUCGGGCUUUGUUAACAGCAGCCAUGCCUCCCUCUGCUCUCCCCGGCUGUUAUAAACCUCAGGUCAUCAGCGUGGCGGCCUCUGGCGCUCCACCUGUCGCCGUCGUCCCACCUCUUCUCUCCUCCUCCUCUUCCUCCCCCUCCUCUGCUUCAAACUCCUCAUCUUCGCCGCCGCCAUCAUCUUCAUCGUCCUCUACGUUUCCUGAGAUGUCUGCGCUGCUGCCGGUGGCCGAGGGCUCAUCGGGCGCUGAGAAGAAAGAGGAAGUGGCUGACCUCAGUAUCUCUCAGUUCUUGAAGAAUCUCGGACUGGAGCAUCUUCUGGAGAUCUUUGACAGAGAGCAGAUCACUCUGGAUGUGCUGGUGGAGAUGGGUCACCGCGAGCUGAAGGAGAUCGGCAUCAACGCCUACGGACACAGACACAAGAUCAUCAAAGGAGUGGAGAGGCUCAUCAGCGGGCCGCAGAGUCUGAACCCCUACCUGACGUUAAAUACAGCCAACAGCGGAACGAUCUUGAUCGACCUCUCAGCCGAUGACAAAGAGUUCCAGUCGGUGGAGGAGGAGAUGCAGAGUACCAUCAGGGAGCACCGGGACGGCGGCCAUGCUGGAGGAGUCUUCAAUAGAUACACGCUGGUCAAGAUCCAGAAGGUCUGCAACAAGAAGCUGUGGGAGAGAUACACCCACCGCAGGAAGGAGGUUUCAGAGGAAAACCACAACCACUCCAACGAACGCAUGCUCUUCCAUGGCUCGCCGUUCGUCAACGCCAUCAUCCAUAAAGGUUUUGACGAGCGCCACGCCUACAUCGGCGGGAUGUUCGGUGCUGGCAUCUACUUCGCCGAGAACUCAUCAAAAAGCAACCAGUACGUUUACGGGAUCGGAGGAGGAACGGGCUGCCCGCUGCACAAAGACCGCUCCUGCUACGUCUGCCACAGGCACCUGUUGUUCUGCAGGGUGACUCUGGGGAAGUCCUUCCUGCAGUUCAGUGCCAUGAAGAUGGCUCACUCCCCGCCGGGUCACCACUCUGUCACCGGCAGGCCGAGCGUUAACGGCCUCGCGCUGGCCGAGUACGUCAUCUACAGAGGAGAGCAGGCCUAUCCAGAGUACCUGAUCACUUACCAGAUCAUGAAGCCUGAUGAGUCUGCAGACGGAUGA